ACUUCAUUCAACUUCCGUCACCGUGACCUGGGUUGCUUUAAGUUCGCUGUCUCAACCUCAUUCUCUACUAUUCGCACAAAAUCUCUCCUGGUCUACCCUUGAUUAUUCACGCCUUGUCUCCACAUUGAAAACUGGUAACCAGGAAUCAUGUCGAUCUCGAAGGACGCAACGUCUUUCAAUUACCAGACGCGUCACGACGUCAACGUGUUGCCACCUGAAUUGUUUCUUUCAAUUCAGCGAAUACUGGACGCACAGGCUGCUAAGGAUGAGGUUUCAUUUGAAGCUGCUUCUGGCGAGCUUGACACCGUGUAUCUUCAAUUGACAUACUACGUGGUAGAGGCUUCGCUUGGACAAUUGGAGUCAGUACAAUCUGGGCUUGCGGACAAGGAACGAGAGCUUCAAAAGCAGAUAGAUGAGCUCCAGCAAGAACUCCGUACGGACCAAGACCCUAACCGGAUGCAGCUCAUACAAGAAAUGAUCUCAGAUCUUCUUGGACAAAUAUCGCGUAUACGAGAAAAGGCUACAGAAUCUGAGGCGGUAGUGCGGAGUAUCACGAAAGAGAUACAAGUACUCGAUUUGGCCAAGAAGAAUCUGAUACUUUCCAUGACCACGUUAAAACGACUGCAAAUGCUAGUGAGCGCAUUCAGCCAACUCGAGGGUCAAGUCAAGAGCAGCCAGUAUGCGGACAUUGCCCAGUCAUUGGCAGCAGUCAAGCAAAUCUGCGAUUCAUUCAAGCCGUACAUGUCCGUACCACGAAUUUCGCAGAUUCGGAGACGUGUCCAAGAGCUACAGUCGGAACUGAAAUCCAAGAUCGACAUGGAAUGGGAGAAAUUCUAUGCGCAAGAUCCCGCCAGACCCGUCAAGCCAUCCACCGUGGCAGCGGCAUGUCAAGUCAUUGAUGUCAUCGGAAGCGACAUUCGCGCUCAGUUUGUCGACCGUUAUGUCGCGUUGGAACUCAAAGAAUAUCGGCGGAUAUUCCGUGCCACUGAUGAAGCAGGCCAACUGGAUAAUCUAUCUCGUCGGUUCGCAUGGUUCAGGAGAUUACUACAGACUCAUGAGAAUGAGACUGGCAGAGUCUUCCCUGCAGAAUGGAGGGCGGCUUGGUAUCUAGUUGCCAAGUUUGCUGAAAUUACCAGGGAUGACAUGACUGUGUUAUUAUCAAAAGCAGGUUCGAAGUUGACAGUGAAACAGCUUCUCGAUACAUUGCAGGAAACACUAGAGUUCGAAAACUCUAUUCGGCAACGAUAUGCCACUCCGUUCGAAGAUAUUCUGAAGACAACUCAACCGGCCGUCGCAACUCGACCGUCGCGUACAAUAUCGUCUGCUUUUGAGCCUCAUAUGGGCGUAUUCAUCGAUGCCCAAGACAAAGUUCUAUCGGACAUGUUGUCACAAUAUCGUGGUGCGAAGUCUCGCCCGUCAUUGGAAGCCGCGGCGCCAUCCCCGGGGGAUGACUCAUCUACACCAGUCCUAGUUCUUCCAAGCUCAACGGAAUUGUUCUAUGUCUAUGCACAGAUCUUGGACCAAUGUGCUACCCUCUUUACUGGGCAACCCUUGUUCGAUCUCUGUAAUUUGUACAAGAAAUGGCUUCGUAUUUAUGCAGAGGACGUCCUAGUUGCUAGUAUGAAGCGGCCAUCCGUAACUUCCAGGAAGUCAAUAGAAACUCGAUUCGAGCCGAGUGAAUUAAGGAAUGCUUGUAAGUUAGUCAACACGGCAGACUAUUGCCACGCUACAGCAUUGGAGCUCGAGGAAAAGAUCCGGGAGAAGAUCAACGCUGAUUUCAAAGAACGUGUCUCACUUCAAGAAGAAUGUGAUAUCUUCGUAGGAGUUAUAUCUUCCGCUAUCCAAGUGCUCGUCCGAGAGUUCGAAGCUGCAUGCGAUCCUGCCUUUAUCAACAUGAGCCGGACUGCGUGGUCCACACUAGAUCUUGUUAGUGGCCAAUCGGGCUAUGUGGACGAGUUGACCAAGGCUAUGGAGCAAGUCGUCGAUAUCAUUAAGCCAUUGAUCGAACAGAAGAAGUAUCUGCGUAACUUCUUCGACAAAGCCGCAAGCGUGGUAUUUGCCAAGUUCACGAACGCGUUAGUCAAGAGUCGUCCUCUGAAAGAGAUUGGAGCAGAACAGCUUCUCAUUGACUUGCAAGCUCUGAAGGCUUCUCUGCUGCGGCUUCCUGGAGAGUCGCUCUCGACUACCAAUUAUACUCGUAGCGUCACCAAGAACACAACCCGGUUAGAGGCGUUGCUCAAGGUUAUCGUAACUCCAGCGGAUCCUGCUGAGGGUUUCAUCCUGAAUUACACCCUUCUCAUCGGCGAUGCUUCGUUCUCGAACUUCCAGAAGAUUCUUGAUCUCAAAGGAACACCUCCAGCUGAACAGAACGACCUCAUGGAUUCCUUUCUCACAAUUACGAGCACGAAAACUAACCUUGAAAGCACCUCGUUUCUAUCAUCUCUUGAUAUGGAUCCUGGACAGGCUGCAAGUCUAACCAGCCCUCCCAGCAGUCGAGUAUCACUUCUAUCUGGUGGCGCUGGUGAAGGAAUUUUGGCAGCGUUGGGCUCUCCUCCUUUGUCAACUCCUAGUGGAUCUGACACGCCUCCAAGAACGGAUCAUACUUCAAAGUUUACGGACUUCCGGCGGUUUGUUAGUUUCGCCGUUAGAAGGGACUCAAUGCCGCCGUCGUAGUCGUACAUAUGGGACAUCACACAUUGUAUCGACGCGAUAUACCAGAGGGCAUACACAUAUCUUGAUUUACCCGUUAUCAUACGUUUCACACUGACGGACAAAGCGUCAGGCCAGUAAUCAACAUACCAGUAUUUGCGAGCGAAUGCAUGUGGUGGGUCAGUAUGUGGAUGCAGAUAGCAUUGCAGCCAAAGAGACCGAUCCUUCAAUAGAAGACCGUACAAUUCACACUCACUCUGCACUCGGCUUAGCGGUCGCACACUCAGUGUUUAAUGCGGCACUAUGCGAUAAAGCACGAGGCGGGACACAUGUCUGCAGGGGGAUCAUAAUACAAACGUAAUAUCCAACG